GGCCCAUCGAAUGGCCGCGGACGCAGCCGAUCCCACCGGCUCCGCGGCCCCCGGCGAGGGCUGCGUUGGGCCCGCGCCCUCUUCGUGGCUGCGGCUGCUGGGGCUGCCAGGGCCCCAGGGCACCCCUCUGGACCGGGGAGCCGAGGGCGCGGGCCUGUACAGCGUCGGCACGGGCGCGCUGGCGAGGGCGCUGCAACCAGCAGCAGGGCGCAGGACCGGCUCGCGGCGGCCUCGUCGCUGGGGGAGUUGGGUCCGCUCGCUGGCACGGCCGGGGCCCAGGCCCUGAUCUGCGCGCUGCAGCGGGACCGCCACCCGGCGGUGCGGAGAGCGGCUGCCUCGGCCCUGGGCGGGCUCGGCCCGGCGCUGUGCUGGCAGUGCGAUUUCGGGGAGGGGGCCGGCCUUCUGGCCGUCGAGGCCGCGCGGGGGGCCACUGAGCACGCGCGCCUGCGGGCGGCCUCGGCCCUCGCCUCGGUGGGGGCCGCCGCCGCGGAGGCCGGGGCCCUCGUGAGAGCCUGUAGCGAGCAGGACGACGUCGUGGCGGUUCGCAGGGCAGAGUCCACGGACGACCAGAGGCUGUCGUGCCUCUUGGCGUGGCAGGCUGCGACGGCCAGGGACGACGAGCUGCUCGUCGGGCUGCUGUCCGAUGCGCCGGGCAUCAAUGCAUGA